AUGACUCCGAAUAUAAUGCAUUUGAUAACACCGAGGAAGAAGAAUGGUGGAAUGAAGACGAGUGAAGACGAGAAUGAAGACGAGAGUGAAGAUGAGAGCGAAGAUCCGGGUUGUGAACAGGAGGAUAUUGAAGAUCAUGAGUAUAGCACUUCCGGUGAUGCGACACGUACGCUGAAGAUUCGUCUUUUUUUGGCGGAUGAGGAAGUGGGCGAGUUUAAGUGGAUGGAAAACUUUGUCGCCAAAUGCACUUUGAUGUUGUGGAUGGAAGAGCCCAGCGAGGACAUGUGCGAUGUGGCCUUCCAUGUCUUUGAUCGAUAUGGAACAGUUGAGACCAAGUAUAAGGACCACCCAGUGCAAAGAGGAACCGGUGUAUGGGGAAAUGAGCUCGAUCAUGGCCCUAUUUUCCUAAUUGAAAAACUCCAUGUCACACUGGAACUACGUCGAAAAGGGCUGGGCCAGAAAGUAGUGUCUUUACUUUUGAAAAAAGCCCAACAGUUCUCCCUAGACAAUAAGGGAGACGGCAAAUAUGCAGAUAGUUUCUACGGAUCCAAUGAGGCUUUUGAGCAAGCAUGGACUCUGCAUGCUCUAGUCAAUCCUGGGUAUCUAACAGCUGAUGUCGAAUCGCAGUUAGUGGAUAAAUCAGCAGAAGAGCGCGUGAUGAUACUGAAUCAAAUUCAAUCCGGUGGUAUUGACUUCUGGCGAUCGUGCGGUUUUCGACGAAUCGGAGCAUCUCGCUGUUUUGCGUUUUCUUUCGAUCUCCAGCAUCAGUCUCGUGCUCUUACAGCGGCUUCUGAUUUCGACCCGCGUAGCAGCCAUGCUGAAGAACUUGAGUACGAAGAGGUCCGACUUAUCUAUGAGACAGAUCGUUCUAUUGAGGUAAAGAGAUUGAAAAUAGAAAGACUUCGUGAACCGUUGCCGCUGCAUUAUGCCGCUCUCACUCUGACGGACGAAGAACUCAAGGCUUUUUUCAUCACUCAUGCUACAGACAAGAUUGGUUGGGAUCGAGUGACCAACUCAGCAGCUACGCUUCUACAUCUAAUAGCUUGCAAACUCAAGCCCCUGAGUACACAGUGGCUACUUGAGAAUGCCCACCAAGCUGAAUUCUGGAACACGGCUCGUGAUAUUGACGGGUACACCCCGCUCGAAGCAUUGCAGGAGAAAUUAGAGAAAAUUCGAACACGAAAGGCACACGGCUUCAUGACCUUGAAUUUAUCAGAUCACUUCAAAGGGAACUCCGACACCGCAGUUACGGGUGUACAUGCGGAGAAGGGUGAGAUUAUGUACGACCUUAACCAGGAAGGAAUUGAUCAUGGUGGUUUCUGGAUAGACUACCAUGACGACAAAAUCGUGCACCUCGAUUCCGAUGUGCGAAACAACCCUGCAACCAACAAGUCAUUCCGACAAGGCUUUGUUAAUAUUUUUCAAAUUGCGGCGGAAUGUCUCCAAGCGAAAAGAGUUCCCACCGCAGAAAAUCUCGAGUGGUGCUGUAACAAUCGGAGCGAGUGGCCACCGGUUACCAAGAACUACCUACGACGCGCUGGGACGCAGAUGGGCUGUCGAGCAGUUCUUCGGUAUAUGUUCGACGCUGCUAAGAUGGAGGAUGAGAAGGCAGGUGAUGGAUAG